AUGUUUUUCAGCGGAUUCCCGAUGAACAGUUACACCAGUAUCAACGAUAUGCCUCCAGCCGACUGGUGCAUGACCACGUUGCAGACCCUCUCGAACAAGUACGAACAUCUCGCCGACAGCCGCAAGGUCAACCCGCCCUUUGCUGAGGCCGUCCUCAACAGCUUUAAGUCCAAGCUUCUCAAUCUUGUCUCUGCCCAGGCCUUCUACGAUUCGGAGGACAGCAGUGAGGCCGAGGCCGAGUGGCCGCUGGGUGGCGACAACUAUCUGACCAUUGCCCCCCUGUCUAUCAUAGAGCCACUGGCAGCGCAUGUGUCCUACGCUAAGGACUCUGAGGAAGCUGAAGGUGACAUGGCUACCGGCCUUCUCUCGCCAUCCCCGUCGCCCACGAGCGCCGUCGGCACUGGCUCAUACCUCGAUGCCUGCGACUUGGCCGCCACCGUCGAGUACUCUGAAAACAAUAUUGCCCUUGGUGCCGAUGACGCUGUGGUUCUGCCACCGAGCAUCGAGGAGGCGCUCCGCCGCUUCCUGGCCAACACCAACAACCAGGACCUGAGCAAUACGUUCACGACUUUUGCCGAUGCCGAUACUACUGCCGCCGCCGUUGACUCUAGCAACGACGACGGAGAUGACGACAAUAGCGAUGCUCAAAUUUCUGACUUGGAUAACACCUCUGACUCGUCAGAUUCUCUUGAAUCACCCGAAUCGCCGUGCUCUCCCGAGGAGCCUCUAGACUAUCUGCCGGUUACCGACGCUGUUGACGUUUUUGUCAAGGGAUAUGCUGUUAACGGUGGCUGGGAGCUUGUCCAGAGCCCGCUGUGCGCCCUCGACAACAACAAUGACAACAACAAAGAGGACGCCCUUUUGCCAUGCAAGCGCAAGCGCUGCAAGAACUCUGAGGAGCUGGAAGAGGCUGAGCAAAACGCUGCAAGCGGCCGCCAGACGCAGCUUCCGCGCAAAAAGCUGCUACCUCUCUCGCCACGCAAGCGCUCUCGUUCCGUGCCUCAGGGUGACACUGCCGCUGUGCCCAUCGCAAAGAACUCUGUUGAGGCUUCGUUGACGGUUGUCACAACUGCUGAGAAGCAGGCUGCCACUGCGACUGCUUAG